GAAAUCUUCCGGCAGGUCCAUGCAAGCCCGGAGUCAACUAGUUAACGUUCGUACGUAAACGCAGUUUCGCCCUUAUGAUGGCUGUGCUUCAUCAACGCGGACAUUUUGCAUGUCGGGUGUCGUCCGACCGGCUCGGAUGGAGAAGACCUCGAAGGAAGACUCGUCAGUGUGGUACAAAACGGCACCCUAUGUCCCAAGGGGCCAAUGGCGUUGUCUUCGUACUCCACUGGUUCACCGUCCGCCUUCCCAAGCGUCUACCCAGUGUGGUGCUCCUCUCCUGCUCCGUCCUAAGCUCCGAUUCUGAGACAUUCGACGUGGAGAUGUCCAUGGGACAAGUAGCAGGCGUCUUCCAGAUGUCAACGAAGUCCAAAGCGGGCGGCAUCCGUGGAGCAAAACCCACCAGGAAGCCCGGUGGUCGGCGCAUACAGCCAGGUGAACGCUCGUGUCCUGAGCUAAACGAAUACCGAGAUCUUGUGUCGUCGCCUCACGCGCCCUGCAACACGGUCGGGUUGGCCGUUCCCCGUCGUGCGGGGCGAAGACGGUGUGCGAAGCAGAAGAGAUGAGGGGAUUGAAAAUCAAGCCGUCCUAGUCCUGACACUUCAUAUACAAUGACACGGCCGAAAUCAAUACG